AAUCUCAUUCCAGCUUCUAGUCUAGACAAGCAAAGGAAGAGCAGAAAGAGAAAUAACCUUUGCAUGAACAAGGGCUGGUUAUGAAGGCAUUAUUAAUCCAGCGAAGGCAGGAGACACUGGCCCAUCUGUGACCUGAAGUGGAUGGCUAUCCCCCCAUGGCGCCUGCAUUCCAUUUGCUGAAUGCUACCACCAAUGAUUGCCUCCUCACGUCAGGAAACAGUACCCUUGUGAGCUCCUCAACCUCCAGCAUCGCUGGUAUUGUGUUUCUCCUCCUGGCUGCCCUGAUUGGGCUACCUGGGAACUUCUUUGUGAUUUGGAGCAUCCUGUGGAAAAUGAAGCCAAGCCAUCGAUCAGUCACCUGCCUCCUGGUCCUAAACUUGGCAGUGGCAGAUGGAGUGGUUCUUCUCCUGACACCAUUCUUUGUCCUCUUCCUUAUCUUCAGGACCUGGCUGUUUGGCUGGGCCGUUUGCAAAGCAGUGUACUACCUGUGUUGCAUCAACAUGUUCGCUAGCAUCUUCAUUAUCACACUCAUGAGCGCAGAUCGCUGCCUGGCAGUCAACCAGCCCUAUUAUUCCCAAGCCAUUCGGAAGAAGAACCUGGUAGUCAAGAUCUUGGUAGGGAUUUGGAUGGGGGCCAUUUUGUUGUCUCUGCCAGCUUUCUUCUUCCGCCAAGUCUUGAAGGAACCUUCACGGAAUCAUCUCAUUUGUGAGCCUUGUCACUCCAGGAAGAGCCUGACUAUCUUCCACUUCACCAUGGAGACUGUGGUGGCCUUUGUGAUACCAUUCACCAUUAUUGUUGGCUGCUAUUCUGCCAUUCUUGUCCGCCUCAAGGGGGUACGGAAGAGAAAAGGGGCUCGGACGGAGAAACUGAUCGUGGCCAUUGUGAUCUGUUUCGCUGUCCUAUGGGUGCCCUACCACAUCAUCAACAUGAUCCAGGUGGCUUCCAAUCUAACCUCAGGAAAAGCAGCAGAGCGACUGGGACAGGCCUGGAAGAAUGGGCGAGCAGGAGCCACAGCCUUAGCCUUCUUGAGUAGCAGCAUUAACCCUAUGCUCUACGUCUUUGCCGCUGGGAAUCUCAUUAAGACUUCGGGUGCCAAUUUCAUUGCUCAGUUCUUUGAGGGAGCAUCCGAAGGGCUCGGACGGAGGUCUCAGUCUCAGAAAAACUUGGACAAAGACUUAAUACCAGCAGCUGGGGCAUCUGUAAACCUGGACCAGCAGUUAUUGGGAAAUUGUGAUAGGGUCGACAAGGACACAGAUUGCAGGCUGACUGAUGGCACAACACAUAACAUUUCCUAGACUGAGUCACUACACAAGAAAUUCCAAAACCGCCUUAGGCAGGACCAGUUCCUCCAGCAUAUGACCGUCAACACUGAUUGGGCAGUUUUUCAAUAGUUCAUGCGGAGGUCUUAUGAAGGAAAGAAUCGAAGCUGAGAGUCAUUUGCCUGCAAAAUAUGAAUUUCCAGUUCUGCUACCUGCCUGUUCUUCGUGUAAAACCGAGAUUCGGAGAAAAGCGUCAGUCAUUUCUACACUACAUGACAUGUGCAACUAUUUUUUUCUUUCUCUCUUCCACCUUUUCCUCUUUGUACCUAGGUUUAAUGCCAACAUUGUUUAUUUCUUUGUUUCCUUGUGUUUUUUUUUCCACGACUGUAUUGUCUCUUCUUGCCACAUCCAUUUGAAAAAAUGCAAUACAUUGAUUUUAAAACUGUUUUAUUUAAACAAAAUAAAUAAAUAAAUAAAAAUUU